CCAUCCCGCUCCCCCACCAGCCCCCCCUCCCUCCUUCUUCUCGGGCAGCCUUGCUCCACCAGUUCUGCACUGUGCCGGCCUGGAGUGGAGUAAAGGAGCGUAAAGAGGAGCAAGAAGAGAGGAUUUGCUGAACCGAGGAGAGACAGACGGGGGAGAGGGACCAUGGCUGCUCUCUCUGCCUUGCUGAAGACCUGGGUUAUACUGCAGACCCUGUGCCUGGCUCUGGCCCAAGUGAGGGGCCCACCUGGACCUCAGGGCCAGCCAGGCCCACCAGGCCCCUCUGGUACUCCUGGGUCCGAUGGCAUUGAUGGAGACAAAGGACCCCCUGGGCCGCCUGGACCACCAGGGCAAAAGGGAGAGCCAGGAGAGCCAGGUCCCGAUGGACCCCCAGGGGAGAAUGGUAUUGAUGGUUUGAUCGGAGCGAAGGGCGACCGCGGCCCCAUAGGGAACCCUGGCCAGAAGGGUCAACCAGGUUCGAGUGGUGAGCCUGGACCUCCUGGAUCCGGCCUUCCAGGUCUGUCUGGUAUUCCAGGACCAAUUGGUCUGCCGGGUGAAAUUGGACCCACUGGACCGAAGGGUAUUUUGGGACCACCUGGACCACCAGGACUUCCUGGACCUCCUGGCAAACCAGGUCCUCCUGGCAAGUUCAUCGGUGGAGAGGAGGGCAGCGCAGACUUAGAGUGUCCUCUUAACUGCCCAGCAGGACCUAAGGGUCCCCAGGGACUGCAGGGAGUCAAGGGACACAAAGGACGUGCCGGUAUUCUCGGAGAGCCCGGCAGCAUAGGAAAGCCGGGUCCCAAGGGAGAAAUAGGCAUCUCGGGGGAACAGGGCAUCCCAGGACCUCCGGGUCCAAUGGGUCUGCGAGGGUAUCCAGGAAUGAUGGGGCCUAAAGGAGAGGCAGGCCCUCGUGGUUACAAGGGCAUCAACGGACCUGUAGGAAUUCCUGGGCCUCCUGGUGAGGAGGGACCUCAAGGACCACCCGGAGAAGCGGGAGACAAAGGAGACAAGGGUAGCCGAGGUAUCCAGGGCCCGCAGGGUGCGGUUGGCAAAAAAGGAGAGAAUGGUCUGCCGGGUAUAGACGGAAAAGACGGCACACCUGGUAUUCCUGGAAUCAAGGGGGGCCCCGGGCAGGCUGGAAGACCUGGUCCUCCUGGUCCUCAGGGAACGGCGGGAUUACCCGGCAGCCCAGGGGCAAAGGGGGGGCCUGGAGAUAAGGGUGAACCUGGACCAAGGGGUCACACUGGCUCGUCUGGUGCACCCGGACCUCUGGGUGAGCCUGGUAUUCCUGGUGAGCCCGGUAUGGAAGGAGUCCCCGGACCCAAGGGCGACAGAGGACAGCGGGGAGAGGUUGGGCCACAAGGAAUAGUCGGCAAGCCUGGAAACAAAGGAGAAAGAGGGCCUAUUGGUGUCCCAGGUGCCCAGGGUCUCAGUGGGACGAAGGGAGACAAGGGCUUCCAGGGAAAAGUGGGUUCAAAGGGGGACAUCGGUGACCCCGGUGUUGAAGGAUUGGCUGGCGAGAAAGGUGAAAAGGGUUUGUCUGGUGAGCCUGGGCCCAAAGGACAGCAAGGAAUUAGGGGAGACUCUGGGUACAAUGGACCCACUGGAGACCCUGGUAAACCAGGAGACCCGGGACCACCUGGGCUGCCCGGCCCAAGGGGACUUAACGGAGAACGAGGAGUGCCCGGCAUGCCUGGCAUUGGGGGAUCACCGGGACGGGAUGCGUCUGACCAGCAUAUUAUUGAAGUGGUGCUGAAGAUGUUGCAGGAGAGGCUAGCUGCGGUGGCAGUGAGCGCCAAGAGAGCUGUGCUUGGUGGUACAGGUGUAAUGGGUCCUCCCGGACCCCCUGGGCCUCCAGGGUCACCUGGGCCUCAGGGCCAGCAUGGCUUACCUGGUGCCCGUGGCAUCCCUGGUAUUAUUGGAGCACCUGGGCAGAUUGGAAACACAGGCCUUAAAGGAAAGAGAGGGGCAAAGGGAGAGAGAGGAGAUCCAGGAAAACCUCACUCGGGACCACCAGGACCCCCAGGAAUCCAAGGUCCUCCUGGCGUAGAUGGCGUGGCUCGGGACGGUAGGCCCGGCGAGAGGGGACCUCAGGGAUCAGCUGGAGAGGCUGGUCGCCCCGGGAAACCAGGCCCAACAGGGCUCCCGGGUUACUGCGAAGCAGCCAUGUGCCUGGCCGCGUCGGCGUACACCUCCCCGAGACUACAGGAGGCGGGAACGAUCAAAGGACCCAACAUUUAGAGGCCUGCCCCUCCAUCAGCGGCUCACAACACCUGGGAGAGAGGGAAAGAAAGACAGAGAGAAGGCAACGGACCACUCCUCUCAGUCCAGACAACAUCAAGAGCGAGAGGUGGGGGACAAUAAUAGUACAGUGACUGGAUGUGAGGCCCCCCCCCCCACUUCCUCCUAGGACUGACAACCAGAGGUUUUGACUGGUGGGACAUCGUGAUCUUAAUCCCCCACAUCUCCAUGACAACAGCAGCUCAUAGCCACCCACAUCUCUCUGAAUUCUAGUGUUUUUUCAGAUGAUGUCAGUGUCAGUCCCGUCCAAAUAUCCCAGCUCCGUUCCAGCAGUCGAAGAGGAAUAGAUUCGUAUUGCAUCUCCUUGUCUCCCACCAAAACAGUAUCUGUGAGCUGAGAGGAGCUGAAGUAUGGUGAAGGUUGCUUUUUUUUUUUCUUUUACACCGUGGUCACUUUAAAUGGUUUUAUGCUACAUGCAAUAUUUUGGUUGUGUUUUGAAGUUUAAGUGACCCUAUCUCUCAUUCAACGGAUGCCUUAAAAGUGUACAAAAACGACCAAUAAAUGACCAAUUAAUUUUCA